GGCACUGACUGGCAUCACUGCUGGGCACUGACUGGCGGCACUGACUGGCACAACCCCUGUGCACUGACUGGUGGCACUGACUGGCAGCACUGCUGGGCUGCACUGGUGGGUGGCACUGGUGGGCAGCACUGGUGGGUGGGCACAGGUGGGUGGCACUGGUUGGCACAGGUGGGUGGCACUGGUGGGCACAGGUGGGUGGCACUGCUGGGCACAUGUAGGUGGCACUUCUGGGCACAGGUAGAGUGGCACAGGUGGGUGCACUGCUGGGCACAGGUGGGGGCACUGCUGGGCACAGGUGGGUGCACUGCUGGGCACGGGUGG